AUGGACCAAACCGCCCCUUCCUCGAUUCUCUGGGCCACCCAACUCCGCCAGGAAAAUAUUCACCUUGUCAAUAAAAUGGACCAAAUAAACGGCAUUCUCACCUCAGCUAUGGGAACCAUUGAGACGCUCAAUAGUAUUAUUGACAUGCAGGGUGAACGUAUUGAAAGGCUGGAAAAGCAACGAGGACUAGACAAGGAACAACUCACUGGGAUUAUCCAAGAGUCGAACGCGAAGAGUCAGGAUUUCGAAGGGCAUAGCUGCAAGGACAACAUGGAGCGCUUCGAGGAAGUCUCUGAGCGGACUCGUACCCUGGACGAGGCGAAUUUCGAAUUGACGACAAAGGUCAAUGUGGCGUCAGAUAAGCUUGUUGCACUUCAGACUGAGAAUGCGACGUUGAGAGAUGAAUUUGCUGAAGCUCGUCAAAAGCUCCGUAAGCUAGAGACAGACAACGCAACGCUGAAGGAACAGAUUGGCAGGGUCGUUGAGAAAUUUGGCGUUCUUGAGACAGAGAGCAGGCCAUUGAAGCAGGAUCUUGUCAGUGUUCUACAAACAUUUGAGACAACGCAAAGUGGGAAUGCGGAGCUGAAGCAACGAGUCUGCGUGCUUGAAAAGGAGCUCUCUGUGCAGGAGAAGAGGGUAACUAGGGUUUUGAAUUGGAUGUCCUUGAAAACUAUGCUUAAGGAUACAGAUAAACAAGCAACGAGCGUAAGGUCACGGCCGACCCCGACGCAAACAGACACAGAUCAAGAGGGAGAACAAGAAAUGCGCGUCCCUGACUCAAUCCCAACCCCAACAUCGCGCCAUUCAACUCUGGAUAGAACCGCCCACCGGAAUCUUUCAGAAACAACCUGGGGCUCAUUGACUGAUCUCGACACAGCCUUGACCCCCGAACGAGCCAGGGACACUGCCAGUUCCCCGCAGAGAGACGCCGGUAAGCAAAAAACGCAAGAGGAUAUUCGCCAAGCCGGCAGGUCGUUGAAAGGGUACUUUCAGUUCGCGGAUUCUAUUCGAAAAUCCUGCCCUGUACCAGAAGAAGCAUUCAUUAGGGCUUUCAUAAAUGGGUUAGAAGACGAAGACAUGAAGAAGCGCGUGCGGGAGAUAACUAGUCACACGAAGCUUUCAUGGAAGAACAUGGCGUCUCAUGUGGAGCAGGUCAUAUUGGAGCACGAGCAGGGACAGGAGAUUGAGAAACAAGCUCACGGGAAGGUGGCACAAAUUCCUAUGAAGAGAGAUGCAGCGGGUUUGGGUCUCGGGUCGCUUGGAAACCGGAGAGAGAACAAGUUGAGAAGGUCAAUACCAAUUGUGCCGCCUGACGAAGAUGACAUGUUCGCCCCAUGAAUUCUGGUAUGGCUCGCAAAGAGGCAUUGUAGGUAACGAACGACACAUUCCCAUGCUUUUACCCAG